AUGGAAAUAAUUAAAAAACAAUUAUUUGACUCUUUAAAUAUUGUUGGUAAUGAUCCAACAUUUAUUGAAAUGUCAAAUAAACAAAAAUACAGAAUAAAAAAGAAAAAUAAAAAUGAUAGCGAUGAAAGUAAUGUAGAGAUAAUUAAAUUUAGUUUCAAAGAGUUUUUCGAAUGGUUACCAAAUAAAGAUCACGAGGAAUUGUUUUCAUUAUUAAGAGAUAAUAAAUUUGUACCGCUUAUUGAUGAAGAAUUAUUAAUACCAGUUACAAAAGAUCAAAUGGAUAUUGUUGACGAAACAUCAGUAAAGAUACAGCAAAAAGUAUUGUUUCAGUCUCUAUACACAUUAAAUGGUGUAGUAACAGUAUUAUCAAAUUUUUUAAAGACAAUAGUUGACCAAAGUAGCAAAAAGAAAAAUAAACAUCAGGAUUCAAAUGCUCAAAUUCAAAAUUUUUCAGAUUCAAUAUUUCAAUUAUUAUCGAUGCUUCAUGGUGAAAAUAUUAUCGAUGAAGAUACAAUUUAUUCAAAAGAAACAGUUUUAAAAUUACAAAAAAUUUAUUUAAAUAUUUCAAAUGAUGUUUCAUUAUGUUUAGAGAUAUGGAUAAAGAAUAAGAAAGCCAACUUUCAUGAACUUGUACCACAAACACUCAGUUUUUUAUUAUUUAAAUCGUUUUCAAGUGGUAUAGUUGCCGAUAUUACAAGAUUAAAUGAAGUUAGACAUGGUUUAUUAACUUUAGAUUACAAAAGUCCAGAUAUCGAGUCUUUUUUAACAACUUUGGUAUCAUGUUUCACAUUUCCACAAUUCACCAAAACUGAUGAAGGCAAAAAGUUUUUAACAUUUCUAUUUUCAAUCAAUACAAGUCUUAUAGAGCAAAUUCAUAUUACCGUCAAAUCACAGUUGUUAAAUGCAAAGAAAUCCGAUCGUGACAAUUAUGCCGAAAUGUACUUUAAAACAUGGAAAACAUCACAAAAUCAAAUAUUACUAAAGGUUGAAUAUUUUUGCAUCCAAAAUUUAAUCAAUACCGCAGUUCAUGCUAGUGAUAAAAAACUUUUUAAAAAUUUAUUUGGUUUUCUUCAUUAUUUCCACAAUCAAAAGGUAUGCAAAGAAGUCGAUCCAAUGUUGUUACGUCUUUACGAACCAAUUCUUUUUAGAUCAUUGAAAGCACCUAAUGCAACUGUCCGUACCAAUGCUACCCAUCUAUUCAUCGAUGCUUUUCCAUUAAAAGAUAGUGAUGCCGCCCAAGAAGAAACUGAUGAACUUUUAAAUAAACAAUUUCAAAUGAUCCAUGAGCUCUUAUUUGAUCCAGCUACUUCGGUGCGUGUUGCUGCUGUCAAGGGCACAUUUGUUUUAUUAAGCAAAUUUUGGGAAUUAGUACCAUUAACUGUUUCACGUUCAUUGCUUUCAAAACUAAUCAAUGAUUUGGCAUUCGAUAAAUCAUCCAGCGCAGUUAGAGAGACGGUUUUCGAUGGUAUUCGUAUAUUAUUGGAUAAUAGUUUAUCACACAGUACUCUUAAAGUUCUUUUACCAAACUUAAAGAACCUCAUUCAUGAUUCAUCAGAUCGCGUAAGAGAGGCAUUUACAGAUCUCUUAUUAUUCAUCAAGGGUAUUUCAACUAUUCGUUUCUUUGAUGUAGUAUCUGUAGACAACUUAGUUGAAAGAAUGGUUUUAGAUUUCAAGAAUACUAAUAUCUCAAAGAAAUAUACCCAAUUAAUCGUCGAACUAUAUUUCCCAGAAGAUGCCAAAAAGUGGGACCUAUUAAACAAUUGUAUAAGUUUUAUUAAAAAGAAAAAAGAAGCUUCAUUCACAUUUUAUUCAAAUCUAAUCUAUUUCAUACGACCACAAUUAGUAUCUAAAUUUGUUUGCUCAUUAUUUGACUACCUCGUUAAAUUUACAAGUAGAAGAACCGCUGCUGAAAUCCCAUUAAAAAUUCAAUCAACUAAAAAAAUUAAAGAGAAUAAUGAUGACGAAGAAGAAGAGGAAGAAGUUGUAGAAAUUUCAGUCGAAGAUAUUGAAGCAGUUUUAGAAAUUAUUGCCUUGUUAUUAAAAUCAUUAUCACCAUUGUUUGAAAUGGAAAAGUUCCAAAAGACCAAAGAAUCAAUGUUAAAAAUUUUCAAUGAUGAAAAUCUUGCAACUAUUUAUUGUUGGUUUUUCCAAGAUAUUGUUGUACCAGAGGGCGCUAGUAUUAUUAUGAAAAUAGUUUCAUACUUUUCAUUAGAAAACUUCCCAGCUCUUAAAGAAAUCUUAUUACAAAACUUUCAAGAGACCGAUUCAACAUCAGCCAAUGUUUUACAAGAGAAUUUAUUACAAAGUUUAUUCUCCCAGGGUACUCAAAAAAAUACAUUGGAUAUUAUAAUUGGCAAUAUUAAUUUACCAUUAGAGAAACUAUAUGAAAAAGAAAUUGAUUUAAAUGAAACCCAAUUAGAUGAUGACGAAGAUGACAAAGAAGAAGAAGAGGUUUCAUUAUCAAAGAGAAAAAGAGACUCAAAGAAAAAGAAAUCAACAAAAGAAAAGAAAGUAAAAGAGUCAAUAGAACCAACUGAUGACGAAAACAGUUUUGAAAAAAUUUGCGAAAAAGCUUUGGUUUCAAUUUCACAAUUGGACUUUUUAUUCAAAAAUCAAAAUACAAGAAAUAAAAUACUUGGGGAAGUCGAAUGCUAUCAAGAUUUACUUUUUGCCUUUUUAAGCUAUAUGCCAAUAAUUAAAGAGAAAUUGCUUUUAGAUUCAAACAUUAAAACUGAAGAUCAACAAAAAGAUGAUGAAGAAGAGGAGGAAAAAGAAGAAAAAGAAGAUGGUGCCGAAGAAGAAGAGAAAAAAGUUAAUAAGUUUUAUUUAAAGAAAUUGAAUAAAAGUUUAUUAAUUUCAAUUUUCACAAUGUAUAUAAAAACAAUGUACCAUAGUGAAGUUUAUAAUAAAGACUUGGAGCAAGAUUCUGGUUAUUUCAACGACAUCAUCGAAUUUGGCAGUAAACAAGUCGUACCAGUUUUAGAAGAGUUUUUAAAGAAUUAUAAAGUUACCAAUAAAAGAAGAAGAACCAACGAAAUUAUUGAUAGUGAUAAUGAAGGUGAUGAAAACGGAGAUAGCGAUGAUGAAAAGCAAGAGUUCACAUUAAAGAAUGAUAAACCUUUUGUUUUAGAAAUGUUGGAAAUCUAUCUUUUUGUAAUGACUGAAAAUGUAACAUUUGGUUUAUGCUCAUCACAAACAUGUUUACAAUACAAGGAUGAAAUCACUAAAAUUUUAAAUAUAACCAAGGGUGCAGAUAUUUUCAAAAGUAUAAUUCCAAUCGUUUCAAAAUUUGUUUAUCAAAUUUACAAUUUUUCAUUCAUUGGUUACUCUGAACUUUCAGUCAAGUCUUAUGAACUAUUAAAACUAUUAUUUGAAUAUAUCGAUAGUAAUCCAGCAAUUAAAAAUCAAUAUUAUAAUCAACAAUAUAGCAAAUUAAAAUUACAACAACAACAGGCUUUUAGAUUGGGUGACUACUUAUCAUUACAUCAUCAAAAAGGUCAAUUGGAUACAAUCACUAAAUUAUUAAUUGAACAGCUAUUCAAAGAAUUCUCAAAGCAUAUAAAUAUAUCACCUGAAAAGGACGAACAUUUAGAGGUUAUCGACGAUAUCAAAGUUUUAUCACCAUCCAAUCAAUUAAUUGUAAAUUAUUUAUCAAAGAACACAAACUGUAUAGCUCAAAUUUCAACAUUUUUAAAUUCAUUUGUACAUAGCCAAUCUAUGAAUCAAAAUUCAAUUUAUUUUACAUUAAAUUUAAUUUCAAUUUUAGUAAACAAUAAUAUAAGUUCAAAAGUUGAUAUUUCACCAUUACAAAGUAUUUUAAUUGAUUUUGUUUCAAAAUUACCAAGUUUUGUUUAUACCAACGAAGAAGACGAAGAAGAAGAGGAUGAAGAGGAUCAACAAGAUGAAACCCUCAAACAAUUAAAAAAUAAAACCAUUUCAAAAAUUAAAUAUUCAAAUUUAUUAUCCAUUUCAAAUGAUUUAUUAAAUAUUACAACAAAAGAAAAAGCUAUAGAAAAAAAACCAACUGUACAAAAAGAAAAGGCAUCAACAAUAGAAAAAGAUAAAAAAGAUAAAAAAGAUAAAAAAGAUAAAAAAGAUAAAAAAGAGAAAAAAGAGAAAAAAGAGAAAAAAGAAAAAUAA